CUCCAAGUUGUAGUUUUCAGUCAGUCACAGUCCUUCUUCUCCAAAUUAAGCUUUUCAAAAUCAACAUGGUUGGAACUUCACCCUGUGCUUCCUGCAAGUUGCUGAGACGCAGAUGCGCCAAGGAUUGCAUUUUUGCUCCUUACUUUCCAUCUGAUGACCCCCACAAGUUUGCCAUUGUUCACAAGGUCUUUGGUGCUAGCAAUGUUAGCAAAAUGUUGCAGGAGCUUCCAGAACAUCAGAGAGCAGAUGCAGUGAGCAGCUUAGUGUAUGAAGCCAAUGCAAGAAUGAGAGACCCAGUUUAUGGGUGUGUUGGGGCCAUAUCUUACCUGCAAAACCAGGUCUCUGAGCUACAAAUGCAACUUGCUGUGGCUCAAGCAGAGAUUCUCUGCAUUCAGAUGCAGCAUGAGCCUACGGUUCCUACCCCACAGCAGAUAUUAGACACAGAUGAGAAAUCAUAUUUUCUCCCCAACAAUUUCCCUCAGUAUCUAAAUUUUACCUCCUCUUCCAGCAAUGUAAUCCAUGACUCUCUCAAGAGGGAGAGCAUUUUUGGACAAGACAUGGUUUCUUAAUGAAAUUUCUCUCAUGUAUUAGACUUUUAAUUAACUAAUUAAUCAUAGCCCAGUUGUUUUCU